AUGGCAGAGUGCGAAGCAUGCAUCUUCGGUUUAGAAGCGGCUAUUGACUUAAAGAUCAAGAUUUUAGAAGUCUACGGAGAUUCCGCGUUGGUGAUCUGCCAAAUCAGAGGAGAGUGGGAAGUUCGCGAUCCCAAAUUAAUCCCCUACAAAGAACAUGUCUCGAAGCUAAUCCUGUAUUUUGAUGAAGUUACAUUCCAUCAUAUUCCCCGAGCGGAAAACCAAUUGGUAGAUGCUCUGGCUACCUUGGCUUCUAUGUUUAAGGUCAAAUGGAAGAAUGAAGCACCUUCUUUCCAUAUUGACUACUUGGAUGAGCCAGCAUACUGUUUGGCGGCCGAAGAAGAGUCAGACGAUUACCCCUGGUUCCGUGAUAUCAAAAAGUAUCUGGAAAAGCAAGAGUAUCCAGAGGAUGCAUCCAUUACGGAUAAGAAGUAUCUUCGAAAGCUCUCAGCAAAGUUCUUCUUAAGCGGAGAUGUGUUGUACAAGAGAAAUUAUGACUCGGUCCUGCUUAGGUACGUGGAUAGACACAAAGCAGACCGAAUCAUAAUGGAAAUACACGAAGGGUUCUUCAGGACAUACGCCAGUGGGCACACCAUGGUUAAAAAGAUCUCGAGAGCAGGUUAUUACUGGAUGACUAUGGAGAUUGACUGCCAUCGUCACGUCUAG